AUGGCAUCUGCGUGGCGAUUUGCACUUUUUCUCUGCAUGUUGGUGAUGGUGUCCAGAAGUCCGAGUCUGGCCAGUGAUGACACAGAAACAGACACAAGUAGCGAUCAUGGGACCGCCACGGACUCCAGCACCGGGCACGAGACGGACUCAGGUCAGGACACUGGAACUGGUGAUAGUGGUCAUGAAGACAGUGGACACGGAGAAGAUCCCAUCACCACUCUACCUAUUGUGAGCUGGAAGUGGCACCAUGUCUCCACUCCGUACAUUGUGGCCCUUUGGAUCCUGGUCAGCUGGCUCUGCAAAAUCGUCAUCGAGGCCAACCACCAUGUGACCAGCGUGAUCCCAGAGAGCGCCUUGCUCAUCUGCUUUGGCUUCAUUCUGGGUGGGAUCAUUUGGGGUGCAGACGGGGUGCAGACCUUCACGUUGACCCCAAAUGUGUUCUUCUUCUACCUGUUGCCUCAAAUCAUCCUGGACGCGGGCUACUCCAUGCCAAACAAGCUCUUCUUCAGCAACAUGGGGGCCAUCCUGAUCUACGCCGUCAUCGGGACCUGCUGGAAUGCCGCCAGCUUGGGACUGUCGCUGUGGGGGUGUCACAAGGGAGGAGCCAUGGGUGACCUGGACAUCGGUCUGCUGCAGUAUCUUCUGUUCGGCAGUCUGAUAGCUGCUGUGGACCCUGUAGCCGUCAUUGCCGUGUUUGAGCAAGUGCACGUCAACGAGGUCCUCUUCAUCAUGGUGUUUGGAGAGUCGCUGCUCAACGACGGCGUGACGGUGGUGCUCUUCAAUGUAUUUGAUGCGUUUGUGUCACUGGGAGGAUCCAAAAUUGAUGCUGUGGAGAUCAUUAAAGGAAUAAUUUCCUUCUUUGUGGUGGCGUUUGGAGGUUCCCUCAUGGGAUUUUUGUUCGGGCUGCUGAUCUCUCUUCUGACCAGAUGUACUAAAAACAUCCAGAUCAUUGAGCCGGGCUUCGUCUUCAUCCUGGGAUACCUCUCCUACCUGACCGCUGAGAUGCUCUCCCUGUCUGCCAUCCUCUCGAUCGUCUUCUGUGGUAUGUGCUGCCAGAAGUACAUCAAUGCAAACAUGGACGAGAGGUCCGUCACCACAGUCAGAUAUGUCAUGAAGGUUUUAGCCAACGGAUCAGAAACCAUCAUCUUUGUGUUCCUCGGCAUCUCCGCCAUUGAUAAAACAAUCUGGGUGUGGAACACGGGCUUCAUCCUCCUCACGCUCUUCUUCAUCCUACUGUACAGAUUCAUCGGUGUCUUUUUCCUCACCUGGAUCCUGAAUAAGUACAGGCUGGUCCCUGUGGAGUUCAUAGAUCAGCUGAUUAUGAGCUACGGUGGCCUGCGAGGCGCUGUCGCAUAUGGCCUUGCUACGAUGCUGGAUGGGGACAAGAUAAAGGAGAAGAAUCUGAUGGUCUGCACUUCUCUCAUCGUCGUGUACUUCACUGUCAUACUUCAGGGAAUAACAAUGAAACCUCUGGUCAACUGGCUGAAAGUAAAGAGAGCUGCAGUGACGGAGCUCACGCUCAUAGAAAAAGCUCAGAACAAGGUGUUUGAUCACAUGCUUGUUGCCAUAGAAGAUAUAUCUGGCCAAAUAGGACAUAACUACAUGAGGGACAAGUGGAAUCACUUUGAGGAGAAGUGGAUGUCGAGGAUUUUGAUGAAGCCAUCGGCGAGGAAGAACCGCGACUACGUCUUCAACGUCUUCCAUCAGCUGAACCUCAAGGACGCUAUGAGCUACUGAGCUGACGGUGAACGUCGAGGCUCUCUGGAGUUUGUCCGCAAUGAAACGGCAUUCGUCGACUUCAAGAAGAAGUUUGGUGACGAAUUCUCAGAGGUCAUGCCUGACAUCAUGGCAGACACGUCAGACGAUCACGGUGGAAUGUCCGCUAUGAGAAGAGACCACGUGCCUUCAGUGAGCCUGGAAAUGCACGAGCAGACCAUGAAUGGUAUGAGGGAAACAGAGGACAUUAACACUCACCACCUGCUGCAGCAGCAUCUGUACAAGGGCAGGAAGCAGCACCGGCACAGAUACAGCCGGAGCCAUUUCGACGUCAACCAAGAUGAAAAUGAGGUGCAGGAGAUCUUCCAGAGGACCAUGAGGAGUCGUUUGGAGUCCUUUAAGUCUACAAAGAUGGGCGUUGCUCCACCAAAGACGAUAACCAAGCACACUAAGAAAGACCAGCAGCAGAAGAUGCCAAAUGGAAAAUCAUUGGACAAAAGUAAAAGCUACAAUUCUGGUGAUGAAGAUUUUGAGUUCUCGGAGGGAGACAACGCCUCUGGCUAUGAAGCAUCAGGCGGUUUAUUCCCCAUGAGGGUGACCUACAGAGCAGGAGCUGGAAUAGAGAAUCCAGCUUUUAUGCCGGAGCUGGACCCCAUGGCCCCGAUGCAGAUCCCUCCGUGGCUGGCGGAGGCCGAGCUCGACAGCAGCAUGGUGGCUCCUUCGCAGCGGGCCCAGGUGAUGCUGCCGUACACGCCCAGCGACCUGCGCCGCCUGGCCCCUCUCCGCAUCAGCACUCGCUCCACCGACUCCUUCAUGCAGGCUGACACGCAGCAGCUGGACGAGCUGCCGCCUCCGCCACCUCCACCCCCACCCCCACCCCCACCACACAGAGACGGUGGCCACAUGUAGCAGCCCCCACCCCUCACUCUUCCCCCUUUAACCUGGCUGCAGAAGACACCGAACCUGUCCUCAGACUUUGCCCUGUCUACUACUCUAAUAUUGACUUGGGAAUGUUUUCUUUUCCUUGCCAUUGCUUAAUCUUACUCCUGAGUCUCUAGGCAAAACAUUCACAGUCCCACAACCUUUGUGCCCUUCUCUUCAGCUUCUCUUGUUGCUCCACUUCACCCUUCACUGAGCAACGGGGACGCUGCAAGUAAAGCGAGAGAUCCUGUAUGCACAGUGGCAUGCUAUUUACCAGCACAUGUUGAACAUUGUCAUGUUUUCUCCUCUGGUUCAUAGUACACCAGUCAAAGAGUGUAAAUCAGUCCUUAUGGAGUAUCUCAUCCCUGAAUGUGACGCAGAAACCUUUCUCAAGAAUGUAGAUAUUUAUGAAUUGUGUUAUUUAUAAAGUUAAUGACAAGUGAGAGACAUGAAAAUAAUUAAAACUCUUUAAUCUUAAUAUCAUUUUCUUUUUGUGAUUUCUGAUUUGUCUCAGAACUAAAGAGUCAUGGUUCAAAUAUUGUAUUUCCUCCGUUUUCCCGCGAUAACGAGUUCAUUUGAUUGUUUUCCCAAAAUCACAAGUUAUUUGUCAUCAUCUCGAAAUGACACAUUUUGUUUUCCCGAGAUACAGGAUUCUAUUUCACGAGAUCAGAAAACUUUCUUGAGAUAAUGACAUAAUUAAUUACAGCUCUCAAGAAAACUUGUUAUCGCGGGAAAAACAUGGUUUAUAUAAUGUUUGAACCAUGGCUUCCGUACAGAACAGUUCGUGAGAUUAAAUAUUAAACUUGAAGAAUAAGACUAAUGUGAAAAUGUCACUUGUAUGAUAAAGACAUAUUAUAUUUAUUCACAAAUGAAGUUUGCUAUUGUGUGGACAUCUCCAUCAUUCCAAACAGACACAUUCUGUAUAUUAUACGUUCCUCCAACAAAGAACACUUUGACUGUUUUGAACUGCAUGCAUUAGAAUAUGAAUUUAGAAAUAAAAUGAAAAUAGAUUAUAUCAUUUGUGGAGUUAGUUACACUGUGUUUAAGUGAGAUAUUUAUUCAGAAAAUGA